AUGUUGCAAGGUAAGGAAAGCUUUUUUGAACUGUUUGCGAUUGAACUGAACGAUACGGGUUACAACUCAAUAACAGCGGACAUCCAAGAAAAUCAUUCAUCAGAUAAAGAGAAUAACAAAUCAACCGCCAAAAAUAAACACAAGAAGACGAGUAAUAAGACGAAGAAAGUAACACAAGAACGUACAAAAUUUACUGAUAUUCAGAAAUGGACAUUAAAUCAAUUUUAUUCGAAUCAAACUCGUUAUCCGAGUUCACUUGAAAUUGAACGUCUGGGUACACAAUUAAGCUUAUCCGAAGCUAAAAUUCGUGUGUGGUUUCAAAAUAAACGUGUUCGACACAAACCGGGAAAUAUGCAGAUAACGGACAAUAACUCAUACGGCAUCACACAAACACCACCACCACUACUACCAACAGUACCGUUUAUACUUCCAAACUUGUGUCCUCUACCAUUACCAUCGUCAAUUGUAAAUUUGCGAGAAAUUUACGGACAACCAGAAUUUCGUUUUUGA